UUCCUUCUUUCGUCUUCCUUCCCUACUUCCUUACUUCUUCAUAGCGACGUCUCUCGCUCGCUAAUGAACUCGGUCAGAUUUGCAAUCGAGUCCCUCUUUGGGACGUAUGGCAAAAUAGACAACAUUUUCACCGUACGAUCGAUGUUCUGCUCUGAGACGGCAUUUUACCCAUAACUUUCUCCCAGGCAGACCAGCCCCGACGGCUCGCGUCUAGGCAGGUCGAAGGAAUGAACGACGACGUUCCGAUCACACGGAGUCGGACGUGUGCUCUCCUCUUGGUCCGACGAGGCCGAUGAAGAUCAAUUCCCAUCGACGCGUCGACAUUUUUCCGAAGACGAACGGAUCGACACGGUGAUUCGCAGCUGAGUUGCUGGUUUCUGCGGGGAGUACGUCUGUCUACCGAUCGACUCGCGGCAGUGGAUCAGACUGCGUUCAGCAUGAGGAAUGCGAUUGAUUGAUCGACUGAUUGAAGGAACGAAUGAUCGAUCGAUAACACACAACCUACAAGUCUCAAACGGACGAAUCGACUGCCAGAAUCUCGAGGUUCUCCGUCGUUCCAGUUUCGUUGAUUCCUACCCUUCUCUUCUCUGCUGGACUUGGUCCAAGCACGAGACUACAGUGCUUCCAGAACCACGAGCACCAGCUGUGCUUUUGGCAUCGGAGUCAAACCAAAUCUCUCUCUCUCUCUCUCUCUCUCUCUCUCUCUUCACAUGGAGGCUCUAAGCCCCUCUACCCCUCAACGGAGCCAGCCACUAGAGAGCCCGAACCACUGUUUCGGAUGUUAUUGCGCUUCUGUUUGCGCAUCGAUGUUUGCACUGUUUUGGCACCGUAUUAAGUUGCCUUAGACAUAGACAUGGUCAUAGGGGGCUGUGAACCGAGUAAAUUGAUGUCUCUCCCUCCGGUGCUCUGGCGCAUUGCACUGUGUGGGUAUGGGCUGGGGGCUGGGGAGGGGAGGGGAGGGGGUUCCGUCUAGCGUCUCGUGGAUCUGCCUAAUCUAUGAACGGGAGGCAAAAUGCGCGGUGGGGUAAAAGCCCAGGACUCGGGAAUCCACAUCCGCACCGGACUAGGAAGGAAGCACCACAUGCGCCGCAAAAGGCAACAGCGUUGUGCUCUCGAGCGGCUGGGCUAGCACACGGGGCAAGCGCGAGCGCGAGCGCAAGCGCAAGCCUAAGCCCAAGCCCAAGCCCCUCAGCCCCCCAACCAAAGCCCCCUGAGCCCCCGAGCACGCGCAGCUUUCCACCGCUUACUGGUUCGAUGCGACUGCGGGGGCAGCAGCUCAGCUCAGGAUCUAGAGGCCGGAUGCGGGUGGACGGUGGUGGAUAUGGAAAGCUUGAACGUCGGGCGGAGGCGAGGAGGGAGAGAAAAGCUGGGGCACUUUUCGCAGCCAAGAGAAUGGCUGUCCUAAAAUUUGAACUCGCACGAUGCGAGCUCUUAUCGCCUUGUCACGGACACAAGUUUCUGUGUGGAAGGUUCUCACACACUCGACACUUGACAGGCAGCAGAGAAUUUAACUCCGGCACGUGCGGAAUCAGCAACAUAAACUUUACAGUGGAUAUCUGAUCACUGGUCUGUCUGUUGAGUCCUCGCUUCUCCAGAGUGGUGUCACAGCGCAGCUCAGCUCAGCGCAGCGCAGGGAGUUCUCUCACUUCCUCGGCCCUCGAGGAUAAUACCGGAAAAGUCAGACGCGAGAAGAAUCUCGUACGCUUCAUUCAACUGCUGCUGCCAUCCUAUUCAACCUGGCGUUUCUUAGCUUGUUCCAUACCUUCUCUCAUUUUCGCUUUCCCACGUGCGUGCAUCCAUCCAAGGUUUCUAUUCUGGAACUGCUCUCUCUGAGACGCCUCUCCUCUCGCCACCACCAGCUGAAGCAGCACCAGCACCAUCACCAGCAUCGCAUCGCAUGCAUUCUAUUUGGCCACCAGAUCUUGUGGUACGAUCCGAUUUCGAGCCCUCCUGCUCGGCUGCACGAGCAACUGUUGGUCGCCAUUGCCAAGGCGGAGCUCUGUUUCGCUCCAUGCAAGGGACGACGACGACUACGACGACGACGAACGAAGGUACCUCACCUCGCUCGACCUCUCAUUGGUUGGCGGCCGUGCUUUUCAUGUUUCUGAGUCUCUUUCUAGAAUGUGACGGCCGCUGAGCGAUUCUCAUCGCCAGCCUGCUACGGAACGACAACCUCUUCAGAAUUUCAAUCCAGGAGCUCGAUAUAUUGUCGAAUCACAAACCCAUGCAUAGCCAGUACUCUCUCUCUCUCUCUCUCUUCCUCUUCCAUCGGGGAGAGAAAUUUGGCAUAAGUAGAGCUCUGAGUCUUGUGUACCCGAAAUUGUAGUGUUUGGCUUUCAUGGCGAGCAUGGUAAUUCGCAGAGCAUCCCCCACAGAAGACGCAGCCCCACGGCCUUCUGAACAAUAUAGGAUACAAUUUGCUCACCUGGCCUGAUCAUUGCGGUGGCAUGGUUUGUGAAUCUUCUUAAUGAACGGCAACAUUGGUCUUGCCGAUCUGUUGCCAUUUUUAUUCAGAUGUCUCCGAUGGUGCUACCUGUGAUUCCUCUUGAUACACCGUAGGUCACGAGGCAAUAUGUCCAGGGAAUGUGUGAGUCACUGACAGACACACAGACGCACAUCCUGCAUUGUUUCUGAUAGCGGACCUUUGCCUCCAACGCUGUGUCUUCUUCCAGCCUUUAGUCUCGUCUUGAGAACCUGACAUGUACAGUCUUAGCCAGUUGACCGAGAGGCUGUUUUGCGUAACUAUUCUCAGACUGUUAUCUUGAAUAUUUCAGUUUAAUAUGCCCUUCCACCGACCAAAUGUUGGUCGACGCAUAGCUUUUGGCCCAGCCAUGCCAAGUGUAAGUCAACUCCUCAUGGACUCUUUCGAAUGUCGUCAGUUUUCCUCGAGCCACGGCAAUUCCGCCUCUGACAUUUUUCGAAGUAAACACCUUCAUAGCUUGUUUUCUAGAUUACUGUGGCUAAUGGAGGACUUUUUCCUAAUCAUGAUGUGUACGUCUCUCAGCCUUUGAAGCAGCACUGCCGCUUUCUCUGCUCGUUUCGUACCCAUAUGUGGACCGUGUCCUAUCCUCGUAGCUAAGUUUUCUUUUUCAGAUUUUGACUUUUGAGUUUUUUCGUUCUGGGCUGGAGGCUGGAGGCUGGACACUGGACACGGUCACUGUCAUGGUUCAGCAAACACCCUUCUUCACUCCAUUCUACAGCUGGUUGAUGUCGAGGUUGUGGCUUGAGUGAUGUGAUCAAACAGACUAUGUCCUACUGCAGGAAUUCGAAAACACGCCAUUUGACUACAACCUACGUUGAACAUGUCAACAACAACAUCUUUCGCUUCUUUUGCUGCACUAGUGAAAGUCCGAAGACGCGUGUACGUACGGUUGAAUAUGUCGAUGAGGACCACAACCUGAUAUCGCUAUCUUGCUCUGUGGAAGGUUGGUGAAUUCCACACGCCGUUUCGAGAGGUCUCUUUCCAUCUACCUACUUGCAUGUGUUGGUAUGGGGAGCACUCCAGCUAACUAACUGCGAGCUUUGGUCGCCCCCUUUUGAUAUUUCCGCUCUCGUGCAUGUGUGCAUCUAUACUGUUUUGCUUGCUGCUUGGCUUGUGAUAACGCUUCCAUGGCGCAGCAGAGAAAGACAGAAACUUCGAGUCUCGGCCUGGUAAAGUAUUUGUUGUCUUUAGCUUUGGAUCCAUGUCGCCAAUAUAUUGACUCUAGAACUCCGGGGACCAGCAGCAGCAGCAGCUGAGCUAGAACAGGGCAUUUGAGAUCACACGUCAGGCACUGCUACUUUUACUUCUCAAUCGCACAGUUAGGAGACUGAAAAUCAUUGACUCGCAGCAGCAGAAGUGUACUGUGGCCGCUGGGAUAGUCCACACUGGAAACAUUCUGGUCCGUCUUGCUCCUGUGUAUGACAGCGAGGUUGACGUCGGGCUUGCUCGUACAUUGCCUUCAAGGUUUUUGAAUCAGCAAAGCGAUCGAUGGCGUUUGUGAACCCUCGUUGGGCGUGCAGGUCUGGGAGUAGAUGGCAAGCAUCUGCAACUUCCCAGCUUGUUCACGUGCCUUUGGCCCCAUGGGCAUUAGAUCCACUUUGCGCUGCAAGUCCAAGGUUGGGUGAAUUUUGUCCGUCUCGUUCUUCUUGAAGCCACAACUUCCUUUUGUCUUUGCAUCCCCCUCCAUCUUUGGCUUGAUGUGUGCAUCUUUCUGUACAGCCGUGACCCGAAACUUCUACUCCUGCCUGGCUCCAAAGCUGGUCGUGUUUUGGUUAGCUUUGUGUUCGACGUGCAAGCGAAUCUGAUGCGCUUGUGGAUAUGAAAGUUUCCGCCAGGUAGGAAUUCUCUAAGCUGGCUGGCUGGCAGGCUGGAGUCAUUUCGUGGGCUUGAUGGGCUUUAAUAUCUGUGAUGUGGCAAGUAUGGAUCCGCGAGAAAGCCUUCUGAAGAAUGGUGGUCCACAAGUCCAGGAGCCAGUUUCAGAAUCUGCUGUCCAUUAUCCCUCUACUGAAAAGAAGUUGCACAUGAGCCAAUACUAGAUGGACAUGGAGAUUCAAUAACCAUUACUGCAUGUUGCCAUGAUGGCUUCUGUAUUGCCUUCUAAGAUCUCUAUUCUCUCUUUCUGUCAGAGUUUACUUCAUUCGAUGUAAAUCGCUCUGACUAAGAUCUUAACUAAGGAGUCCAGAAUCCAGAUCCUGUAACAUGUUGAUUGUUUGGGUUAUAAAUGUGGAUCGAUCAUGAUGAGCGGAAAUUACACAAUGGAAAAAUCGAGCCCGGUAGUGGGUACUGUACUUGUCAACCUCGCCAAUAAUACAUCAAUUAAUGUUCUCUCUCAGCGAAGAGACAUCGAGGCUCGGUCAGACUGUCCGGUGGGCUCAACAGUUCUGGAAUCCCAUGACUGAUACGAAAGUCCUUGUAAGAGGGCGCUCGGACUCUAGCUCAGUGAAUUUUAAAGGCCCGAGAACUAUUUCGGAGUAUGUGGUGUUCAGGUCAAUGGAGGCUACACCGACCCACUCAUAUGCUGCGUGUGUAAAUUGUACGCUACCAUGUAAAAUGUUCGCAGGACAUGUUUACUUUCGGAAGGCAUAGCUGUAGGCCACCGUGCCAAAUGGCAAGAUCUGACGCCACAUCCAGGAGGUGUAAUUUGUACUCAAUCAUGGUAAUGGUAAGAAUGUGGGGUGGCGGGGGCUGGGGGCUGGGGGGGUCCUGCCUUUUCACUUUCCGAAGACAUAGGUCAAGAUACGAACCUGCAACUGUGCCCAGAUCUCAUCUGUGGAGAAGAGAAUCUUGGGAACAGACUCCCAUGCUUAUGCAUCUGGUGAGUAGACUCUAUGUCGUAAUUUCCAGCAUUUGCAUGCGAUGUUGGUCUACCGUCAACUGUGUACGUAUGGUUCAUGAUUCUGGAAGAAUCUCAGUGUGAGCUUUGUAGUAGAUGUACACUGUGUACGACUUGUACUUUCUGACAGCCUAUUACAGAUACGUGGUAAGCGUGGUACAGUCAGUAAUGCGGCCGACUUUCGACCUUCGAGUGGCCUCCGAUAGCUUAUCAUACAGGUUUUCAUGUGAUAAUCGAGAUCCUACAGAAGUGGGAGACUGGACAUGAGAAUAUGUCACUGUGACCUCUCUACGCCAAGUCUAGCGCCUAGUACUGCGAGAUGAUUGCAGGCUUGCAGGUCAAACCUCAGUGCAAACUCCGAGCACUCGCGAGCCCUCGAGCGCACAAGUCUCCAACGUCGCCGAAAACCUGCCGUUCACUACGUUCGCCUGCACAAUGACCCAAGUUCUCCCAACCACUGAGGUGCAGGAAGAUUUAGCGACAUGUUCGAUGAGUCAGAAUUUCGAUCAUGUCUGGACUGUCGCCAUAUGAUUUGAGUACUUUACAGCAGUUCUCCUGACGUGGCUACGGCCUAGCUAGGCCGAAAUGUCACAUUCUGAACGAGCGGUGUGGAAGAUUACUUCACGUUUCUAGUGCAGGGCCAUGGCAGUAGGCACUAGGCAGGGAAAUAAUUUCCUCUCAAUUACGUGUUCAUAUCAGUAAAUCUGACUCUUCCCAUUCGCCACUGUGCCUUCCCGCAUCCCUCCUUGAACUACAAUCUAUCCGCUGUUGACUUCUCGAGGCAUUUCCAACGGUAUA